UUGGAUAGGAGGCGCUUGCCGUGGGAAACACCCCGCCGCCCGCGGAGCUUCCUCGGCGGCGCAACCUCUCCGGCCGAGACGCGCGCGGAGCGGCCGGGAGGCUUUGCUGCACCCGGACCCCCGUGGCCUCGGUCCUCCCGCAGCCUCCGCUCCGGCUCGCCGCGCCGCCGGUCAUGAGGCCGCUGUUUUACCGCUGCCACAACACCACGUCGGUGGAGAAGGGCAAUUCGGCGACGAUGGGCUGGCUGCUCUUCAGCACGGGCCUCGUGGGCAACCUGCUGGCCCUGGGACUGCUGGCGCGCUCCGGUCUGGGGUCGUGCCCGCCGCGCCCGCCGCGCCCGCCGCCCUCCGUCUUCUACGUGCUGGUGUUCGGCCUGACGAUCACAGACCUCCUGGGCAAGUGCCUCGUGAGCCCCUUCGUGCUGUCCGCCUACGCGCAGAACCGGAGCCUGCGGGGGCUGCUGCCCGGAUCCGACAGCUCUCUGUGCCAAGCCUUCGCCUUCUUCAUGUCCUUCUUCGGGCUCGCCUCGACGCUCCAGCUGCUGGCCAUGGCCCUGGAGUGCUGGCUUUCCCUGGGGCACCCCUUCUUCUAUCGACGGCACCUCACCCCGCGCCGGGGCGCAAUGGUGGCGCCGGUGGUGGGCGCCUUCUGCCUCGCUUUCUGCGCGCUGCCCUUCGUGGGCUUCGGGAAGUUCGUGCAGUACUGCCCUGGCACCUGGUGCUUCUUCCAGAUGGUCCACGAGGAGCGCUCGCUGCCCGUGCUGAGCUACUCGGUGCUCUACGCCAGCCUCAUGCUGCUGCUGGUCCUCGCCAUCGUCCUAUGCAACCUGAGCGCCAUGCGCAACCUCUACGCCAUGCACCGGCGGCUGCGGCGACUCCUGCGCCCGGGCCCCAGGGAACGCGCCGAGCCGGGCGCCGGAGAAAGGGAGGCGACCCCGCUGCACCUGGAGGAGCUGGAUCACCUCCUGCUGCUAGCCCUCAUGACCGUGCUCUUCACCAUGUGCUCCCUGCCUUUAAUUUAUCGUGCUUACUAUGGAGCGUUUAAAGCUGUUCCUGAGCAAAAUGGAACCGCUGAAGAAAUUGAAGACCUCCGAGCCUUGCGCUUUCUCUCUGUGAUCUCAAUUGUGGACCCUUGGAUUUUCAUCAUUUUCAGAACAUCGGUGUUUCGAAUGUUUUUUCACAAGAUUUUCAUAAGGCCUCUUAUAUAUAGAAAUUGGCACAGCAAUUCUUGCCAAACUAACAUGGAAUCCAGUCUAUAACUAUGUUACCCUCUCUCAUAAACUCAAGAAUAUAUCACAUCUUCUGCAAAGAACCAUGAGCCACAAAAAAAUCUUAUAAUUUAUAUCCUUAAAAGGUAUGUUCCAUAACAAAAUAUCUAAAUGUAUUUUCAAAACUGUUUUGUUCAUUCUUAAUAAUGUGUUGUCCCUCUGUAUUCAUGAAUCAGUUGAGUAGAGUUUUUCAUUUUGAGUUAUAAUAGCAACUACACUUUCAUAUAUUGUAAACUGGUAGCUCAGUUGCUAAAGAAUCUGCCUGCCAAGCAGGAGACCCAGGUUCAUUCUCUGGGUUGGGAACUGCGUUCAAUCCCUGCAUUGGGAAGAUCCCCUGGAGAAGGAAAUAGCAGCCCACUCCACUGUUCUUGCCUGGGAAAUCCCACGGACAGAAGAGCCUGAUGGGCUACAAGAGAGUCGCAAGAGACGGAUGCAAUUUAUCAACUAACCCAAACAAUGUUUAAAGUCUUAAAGCAAUUAUAGUGAUUGUUUCCAUGUUUGUACUUGUUGUCCCUAAUUUUUUAAGGAGAUCUUAGGCCUCUGGGUCUUUAUUUAAAUCCAGAAGAAACACCACUGUUUACAAUUAUGUAAUAGGUUGUUCUUAAAUUUUCUUAUUCUCCUUAUUUCUAGUGAAACUUGAUUUGUUUAUUAUGUGUCACAAUUGCUCCUAUUUAAAUCUUUUCUUUGCCACCUGAUGCAACUACAGUCUGAAUUAGAGAUGCCCCUCCUAAAAGGGAGGUGCAAAACGUAACUAGAUCAGGCAUUUGGAGGAUCCUUCUCUGGCCAACCCCUGAGAGAAGGCUCACUGCCUUGUGUGAAGAGCCAAAGCUAUAAAUAAGUAAAUUCGAGGCAAGGUGUGACUAUGGUCUACAAUCCAAAGAAGAAAAAAAUUCCAUUUAUCCUUUAAGUCCAAUUUCUUACCUGGAGGGUGUCAGUAGGCAUAAAAAUUUGAGAGUGGGCUACAAAAUGUUUCAGUUUUUUGGAACCUCCAUUUUGUAGGUUUAUCAUAUUGAUGGAUUCUUUGGUGGGGAGGGAUUUAUUGUUCUUUGAAAGACUGGGAUGUAUAAUUUCCCAGAAAGCAUGUUUACUACACAUGGCUAUAACAGAGCUGGGCAUUCAGCACAGCAACAAGCUCACCGGAACUCAGUCAGUCUCAGCUGAGCAUGGUGGCGAUGACCUUAACACCUACCUGUUAAAGCCAUAUUCUGCCUUUGGGGGAGAUGGUAAGAGUUCCUGAGAAAUACAGUUUCAAGCUGGAGCAGGAUAUGGCUCAGAUGGAGCACAACCAAGCACUUUAACUGUACAUUUAAUUGUACAUCAUGUUUACAAAUGUUAGCAACACUAUGACCAAAAGGGAAAAGUGGGGAAAAUACAGCUGCAGCUGUUAAACCAAACAAGAGACUGUAGACCCAGCUUGCAGGGAAGAACUUUCACCUUGGGUAGAAGAAUACACGGGGGCUUCAGAGGGCUUUUGGCAUCUGUGGUCCCUUUGUACCCAACACAGACUCUGAGCUGGAGAACCAGCUACAUUUGAAUAGCCUGAGAUCCUCAUUUAGUCAUCCCUUCCAAAGACCAGAGUAUUUGCCUUAUUUCCGGUUUAGCAGCAGCCCCAUUUUUACCUCUGGUUUAUCUCAGAGGUGGUAUUAACCUGGAAAUAUAUGUGUAUUUUUGUGUGUACCAAAACUGUGAAAUGGUCAAAUACAGGAAUACACAAAUUAUAAUCUGAAAGCGUGAUGUGAUGCAAAAUACACUCGUUUUCAACUUUAA